AACUCACUAGCCGGCUUGGCCGGUGAUAAAUGAGUAACUUUACCAUCUAUUUCGCGGGACGCGUGAGCACGGUUUCUAUGGGAACGCAUCCGUCGAGGCUGCCGUACUAGGGGAGGGGGCGUAGGUCACUCUUGGGUUGGAAAAAACGAUAGACGCCGGUACAAAUACAAAUACAGACACAAACACAAACAAGAUGUGGCGAUGGUUGGGACAGCCGGCCAUCAAGAGAAAGGAUAUUCCUACCAAAGAGGUAGGGGAGGAGGAGGAUAUUGGACCUCGCGAAAAAAAAAAAAGGAAAUUUAACUGUAAAUGGCUAACUGGUCGUGAGUGGCUCGUGUAUGAUCACGAAAACAGCGUAAUGUUCUGUCAGGAUUGCCGAAUGUAUGCUAAAGAAAAACACAAAACGAAUAAUUUCGUGGUAGGAACCAAUAAUUUCAAAGUAGAAGCAGUAAAGGAUCAUGAGAGUGCCCGAAGUCAUCAGGAGAGCCUGAGGACGAAAACCGCCAAGACGUGUCGUAUCGAAGAGAGUGAAGCUGGAAGGAGCCUUGCCUUAAUGAAGACGUCCGAGUUCGAGAAGAUGGAGCUACUUUUUCGCAAUGCCCACGCCAUCGGGAAAAAAGGCAGGCCUUUCACCGACUUCGCAUGGAUGUGUGAGGUUGAUAGAAAGAAAGGCUUGAAGAUAGGAGAGACAUACACAAAUGACUAUCAGGCAAAAGAGUUCAUUCACUACAUAGCGGAGGAUGUGAGGAGAAAGAUGAGGGCAAGAUUGUCAGAUGUCAAGUUCAUCUCUGUCAUGUCAGACGGAUCCCUGGACAGUGCAGUGAUUGAAGAAGAGAUGGUCUAUGCCAGGAGUGCCAGUGAGGGGAAGAUCAAAGUUGAUUUUGUCGGGAUAAAAGCUGUUUCAAAGCCAGAUGCUACAAGCAUAGCUGAAGCUGUGUGUAAUGUAAUGGAGAGUGAAGUCAGCACUGAUUGGAAGAGCAAGCUGGUGGCCAUCACCACAGAUGGAGCAGCUGUAAUGACAGGAGUCAACAAUGGUGUAGUUACCAAGCUGCGUGCAGACCGAUCGUAUGUGCUGGGGAUCCAUUGCAUGGCCCAUAGACUUGAGCUCGCCUUUUCAGAUGCAGUGAGGAAAAAUGUGAUGGCCAAGAAGGUUGAGGACCUAUUGAGUGGACUCUACACCUUGUAUCACAAGAGUGGAGUAAACAGGGCCAGCCUAAAGCAACACUUCGGGGAGCUCCACAUGAAGGCUUUGAUGCCAACCAGAGUAGGUGGAACCAGGUGGCUGCCACAUCUCCUCAAAGCACUAGACCAUUUCCUCAGGGGCUAUGCUGCUGUUGUACGCCACUUACAGGAAAAGGCCCAGGAGGAGACCACUGUCAGUGUUCAGAGGGCAAAGGCCAAGGGCUUCCUUAACAUAGCAAAGGAUGGCGGAGUCCUACGGUUUUGCUGUCUUCUCCAUGACAUCAUCUUUCAAUUGAGCAACCUUUCCAAGUCACUGCAGAAGUCAGCAGUAACCCUGGCUGAGGCUCAUAGCUGCCUGUCCUCCACUCAGGCUGUCAUAGAAAAGUACAAGUCAAGACCCGGGCCUAAGCUGAGAGCAGCACUGGAGACGGACAUCUAUGAGGGAGUCCUUCUGAAACCGACAAAGCCUGACCAGCAUGACAAGUCCAAGAAUGAUCUCAUAGAUGCCAUGUGCCAGUGCAUCACUUCUAGGUUUGCCGAUGUAAACAGUGGUGUCCUGAAGGCAAUGCGACUGAUAAAUUUCCAGUGCUGGCCAGAGACAGACACAAGUGCAGAUUUUGGUGAUGAUGAUGUAGACCAGGUUAUUAGUCACUUCCGACCUCUUCUACUGACAGCUGGAGUGGAUAUUGACUUGAUUCCAGAUCAAUGGACCAUUCUGAAAACACAACUUUACACUGCAGGUUUCAGCCAAGGGACCAUUGAGAAGACAUGGCCUGCAGUAAACAGAAUGCUGCGCCAUGAGUGUCCUGAUGUCCUACACCUGUUUGAUGCCCUGCUCACCAUUCCGACAAGUACAGCUGACUGUGAGAGGGGGUUUAGUGUCAUGAAGCAGGUUAAGAGUGACUGGCGCUCAAGCCUGAAAGGGGAGACACUAGCUGACCUUUUGAAAACACAGUUGUGCUCACCGGACAUCAAAGACUUCGACCCACGCAAAGCCAUAGAAAUCUGGCAUGGUCUGGUGAACCUCGGCGGUGGUGGCGGCGAGCUGAGUCCCGUGUCUCUGGAUCGCUUCCUCCAUAGACGCGAACCGAGCCAGUGGCGAGGAUCCAUGUUCUGGCCAGAUCCCGAGAUGAGUGAGACGACCAAACCCAAGACCAGCAAGGGUAAAGGUCGAUUGAAGAACGAAACCAAGGGACAACUCCCCUCCCGCACACCCAUGACUUGGACUAUGGAACACCAGAGUUGA